UUGAAGUUUGCCCAAAAAAACCCUGCAAGCUUAGAGCAAAACAGAGACCGCAAAACACAGAGAGAGAGACUCUGCCUUGUGUCUCCCGCAUACAUACACUACACACGAUCUCUGCGGAAACAGAUACGUUUGAGCAGGAGCAGGCUGAUCAUUCCCAUCUCCUUAAGCAGCUCUUUACGCAGUACGAAUGGAGGAACAGUUUAUACUAAGAGUUACACCUUCUAUUGCGGAGAAGUUGGAUCGACUUUUGAGUGACACUGCUUCUUCUUCUGAAGAACAAUCAUUGGAUUUGUCUUUUUCUGAGGAUGGAAGGGGUGGCACAUUUGUCAUUGGAAACGAACAUUUCCCUGCAUCUCUCUUGGAUCUUCCUUGUGUUGUAGAGUCCUACAAAACAUAUGAUGAUUGUGCGCUAGUUAAAACUGCAGACAUUGGUCAAAUGAUUAUGGUUAGAGAAGCAGGUGAUACUGUUCCAGAUGUGGUGGAGUACAGACAUGGGCUCACUCCUCCUAUGAGGGAUGCUCGAAAGAGAAGAUUUCGUAGGGAGCCAUACCUCAAUCCCGAGCUUGUACAUCGUGUUGAGAAAGAUCUUCUGAACAUCAUGACCGGGGGCACAGUUGAAAAUGCUGAAGCUGAAGCUAAUGAGCAAGAGGAAGACGGUGAACAGAAUGCUCGUAAAGCAAAUAAGAAACCUGAGCCUGCUCCUGAAGCAAAGCCUGAUGUACCAGAAACAACAGCUAAUGCAGAAGAACCUGAGAGAAGUGAUUCAGAUGAGUCCGAUGAUUCGAUGUAAUGGGAUGUCUUAUAAUUUGCCUCCUAUGUCGAGAAAUGGUGAAUGUGAUUAAUCCAGCUUGUAUUUUAAUGCUGUGUGUGUUUAUGGCACGCAAUGUACUGGCCUCCAAUCAUCCUUUGUUACUUGCUUAGCCACUUUGCCUUUUUUUAACUUAUAAAUUGCCUGUACUUUUUGUA